GGAGCCGGAGCGCGCGGUACGCGCGGCCACUGGAGACCAGGCGGCCGGCGGCCGAGCAGGCGGCGACAGCGGAUGGGGACUCGGAGUCGGGCGGUUGUGGCUGUGGCGGCGGCCGGGAAGCAGCUGGCGGGCCGGCGGCGGCGGCGGCGCUGGCGGCGGUGACGGGCCCCGGCGGCGGCGGCGGCAGAAGCAGCAGAAGCAGCGACGCGGUGGCGGGCUGCGGGCGGGCGGCGUGAGGAGCGGCGGCGGCGGAGCGCGGGGCCGCCGGGAAGCUAGGGCGCCGAGACGCCCCCUGCCCAGUCCUCGCAGGCCGCCAGGCCCCCUCCAGCCGGGGCCGUGGAGCACCGGGGCAAAGGCCGGGGCCCCCCCAUGAAGGAGCGCGACGCGGCCCCGGCCGAGCGGGGCAAGCCGGCCACCUAUACCGGGGACAAGAAGGCGAAGAUGGCGGCCAAGACCAACAAGAAGUGGGUCCGGCUCGCCACGGUGUUUGCCUACGUGCUCUCCGUGUCGCUGGCCGCCAUCGUACUGGCCGUCUACUACAGCCUCAUCUGGCAGCCGGUGGGCGCCGGGACCUCGGGGGGAGCCGCCGGCCCGCCCCACAGCGUCUCCAACGCCACCGGCCCGUCUGGGACUUCGGGGGCGGCGGCGGGGUCCAACACCACCAGGUCGUCCCGCAGCGAGGCGCCACGCGACGCUCCCCCACUGCAGGCGGAGAGGCCAGCGCCCCCGGAACCCGCUGCGGACAACCCCCUAGUCGGGCCGCUCGAGCAGCCGCGGGGGCCGGACGAGGACGAAGAGGAAGCGGCCGCGGCGCCCCGGAGUCGUUGAGCCUCUCCGCGUUGGGGGCGGUCGGGAAUCUUCGUCCCCCAAGCCCACAGGCUGGACUUUGCGGCAGGACCGGCUCCGGAGCCCUCCGGAGUGACCCCUACGCGAGCGAACGCCCCCACACACCUCAGCGGUCGCCAGCUCGCCCCGGGAGCGGGUAACGCACAACCGGACCGGCCAAGGGACCACGAUUCGCCGGGGACUCGGGGUUUGAUCUUCCCAGCACCCGUGCUGCGCCAGGGCCCAGAGCCAUAAGGGGAGCUGGGGGUGGGGGGGUGGGGAGAAAGAGCCUAGCACCCAGCCCUUCUGCGCCGCUAGCUCUGGUGUAUCCUAAAGCAGGGGGUGACUGGGGCGCCCCAUCCCCAAGACUCAGGGGAGGGGAGGGAGUUGUGUAGGGGCUCUUUUUUAAUAAGCUGAAGCUUUCCAAAAGGAGAGCACCAAAAGUAGCGGAGCUCAGGUACGUCAACCUAGUUGCAGUGGCCAGACAUGCGUUUAAUUUAUAGAUCCCUGUAUAUAGAUGUUGACAUAUGCACUAGAAGCUAUAAUCACACAGAAUUCUAUGUAUUCCCCCACACCCUGGGUAGCUACUGAAUGGUGGGGUCCAGCAAGGGCUAUUUGCUUGGCCUCCAAACUGCACUUAGUCAGAAGGGCACAAACACAGCUUUUUUUUUUUUUUUCAUCAUCCACUCUUUCACCUGUUCCCUGCCCGUUUCAGAAAGAUAAGUUCCCGACGUUCUUACACAAGUAUAAUCGUUCUUAGACUGCUAACAUGACAGUGGAAAAACCUCAGUAGUAGAAACCGUUUGGGGAGGGUGGGGGAAUGUGCUGAUCCCCCUCCCGUUCCCAUCCUAGGGCUCCCACCAAAGUGGCUUCCUGUUAGAGCCCCGGGUGUCUGGAUGUAUGCCAGGGGCAAUGGAGAAGGAGUACGCGCUGUGUUUAGAUCAGUCCCUUCCCUCACAGAAUUCCUUUAGGAAGAGCAAGCCUUUGUAAGUGCAGUGAUUGGCAAGUGUUUUCUCUCGUUCCUUUUCUGACUCCUCCGUUAUCUUAUCUGGUUCCAGAUCUUGUCUGAUUUAAUUUCUUGCCCUUCUAGAUCUUGUCUUACUCAUUUUUGCAUUUUCUAUUUUCUGAGCCUGAAACAACACAGCAUCUUGCCGUUAGGACAAAACCAGUUUCGAAGCCCAAGCUUUGAUGUGCUCUGGUUUUGAGUUACUUUAUAGGACUCAAGCCUGAGAGUGUGCUAAGAUAGCCAGUGAGGGGACCAUCCAUGGGAAGAUUGAAUUGGCACCUUGUGUUUCUCAUUCCUGAUAAGCUCCCACUUAUAUGCAGCAAGGUUUCUAGAGGUGGUGACAGAUCAAGGGAUACACACACAAACACACACAUACACAUAGCUAGCUCCAGGGCAGCAAGAAUUAUACUUGUUCAGUUUGGAUUCCAUUUCCUCUGCCACUUGCUUUUAGGCAAUUGAGUGUGGGUAGUGACAGAGAUCUAACCCCUUAGUGUUUCCUUUUUGGGAAAUGAGCUACUUAAAAAAGAAACCAACAGGAACCCUGCCCACCUUGGUCCUGAAUUGUCUAUCCAGUUUUCUGGCCUACCUUGUAGUAGUUAGCUCUGAUUCAGGUUUACAGGACAACAGUCUUGAUUUAAGCCAUGUCCUGUCCUGGGCAAGAAAGUAGCUCCUAAGCUGGCAGCCUCCCAGCAGGCUGCCAACACCCCAAGGUGUCUGGGCUUGGAGAUUUCUUCACAACUGACUAGGACUUCGGUCGCUAGGAGGCCCAUGGGGACUUUUUAAAUUUUUGACGAGAGACUGGGGGGGAAGAAACAUAAAAUGCCACUUUAUAACUUCAAUAAUAGCCUGUAAUUUAUAUUUAUGGUGUGAAUUUUUAGUCCUAUAUUUUAAUAAUUUGUAAAUUGAUCUCUUAUUCCAAGAAUCCUCGGGACUCGUGGGAGACUAUCUGGGAGUCCAUUCCUCCUACCCUUGUGACCCUGCUUUAUGGACUGUUUAAAUCCACUUUGGGAUGAAUCAGAGUCCAGCAAGACCACUCGUGGUCCAGCUGGUCUCCCGACUCUCCAAAGCCUUCACUGGAAUUGGGACAUUUUCUCCAGCCCUAGCUGUGAACAUGACCAGAGACAUUAUUUAUAAUUCAGCCAUUCAAGAUAUACCUGUACUUUAAAAGUCCUGUAUAUUUUUUAAAAGUUUUAUUUUUCAGGUGAACAAAAAUACAUUCUAAGAAC